AUGAAGGAAAUCAAUGAAGCGUCAUCUGAAGAAAUAAAUCGGGAGUUGAUUACUUACAUACAAAGAAAGUUUUAUUUUGAUAGAGUACAAAGAUACCUAACUCAACAAAUAAAUAAAUUAAAAGCUACUUUAACAAAAAGGUGUAAACAUUUAGCUGCUUUAAUUGGCAAAAUUGCUUCAAUGACCUCGAGAAUCUUCACGAAGCUCUUCGUUAUCAUUUCAUCAUCCUUUGAACUUAAAACAACAUCUGAAUUUGAAAUUGCGGAUGAUAAAGAGUGA